AUUGUUGAUAACGUAUUGGUUCGUGUUGGAGAUCCGACGUUCCUAGGGUACUUUAUAGAAAAAGGUGUAUCUUCUGUUGCAAAGGUUGUUAGGAAGGCUUAUCCACAAGAGAAUGUUGGAGUAUUUGUUGAAAGAGGUCGUGGUGGACCUCUUUCUGUGGUCGAGUAUAGUGAAAUGGAUGUGGCUAUGACUACUGAAAUUAAUCAAUCAACAGGACGCCUUCGUGUUUGUUGGAGCAAUAUAUUCUUGCAUACGUUCAGUUUGGAAUUUCUGAAUCAAGUCGCAAACAACCUUGAAAAGGACAGCGUGUAUCAUCUUGCACAGAAGACGAUACCUUCGUUUCAUGGGUAUACAACGGGACUGAAGCUUGAGCGCUUCAUAUUCGAUGCAUUCAAGUACUCCCCAUCCACGACACUUUUUGAGGUACUACGAGAAGAAGAAUUUGCUCCAGUGAAAAACGCGAAUGGGUCAGCCUAUGACACCCCACAUUCGGCCAAACUGAUGCUGCUCCGACUCCACAAUAGAUGGGUAGUCGCUGCUGGCUGCUUCCGGACCCAUUCUGUGCUCUUGUACAUGACAUGCGUCGAGGUUUCUCCGCUCAGCUACUACACCAGAGAAAACCUGGAGGCGAUCUGCCGCGGACAGACAUUCCAUGCGCGAAUAGUUUUGCAUGUUAAUCCAGCCCAGUCCAAGCUAAGACAGAGGAGCCGCCCAGCCAGGCGUGUCGUCACACGCACAGAUGAGCAGGCAGAUCCCCAUCCCCAUCCCCAUGCCCACUCUAGAGCGUCGCAGCAUAAGCUCGACUACGUUUCCGUGGAGCUCGAGGAGUGA